AUGCGGCUCUGCUGGGCAUGAAGGCGUUUAUGAGUCCUGCGACGCUGUUCGCCAGCUGGAAGGGCGACGCGUGCGACGACAAGUGGAUGGGGAUCAUCUGCUCCACAACCGUGCCGCAGCAUGUCGUCGGCAUCAACCUGGAGUCUCUCGGGGUGAAGGGCUUGCUGUCGAAGCACAUUGCGUGGCUGCCCUUCCUCCAGAUUCUCAAUCUGCAGGACAACCAGUUCGCGGGCGAGUUGCCCAAGGAGAUCGGCACGCUCAAGUUUCUCGAACACAUUGACGUGCGUCUGAAUAAGUUCACUGGUCCGUUUCCCGACACCACGCUCUCGACCAACCUGCAAUAUGUUGAACUCUCCAAGAAUGACUUCAAGGGCCCUUUUCCGGAGUCCCUACUUGGACAUGACAAGAUCAUAUACAUUGGCUUGGCGGGCAAUUCCUUCCGUGGACCCCUUCCGCUGGACUUUUCGGGCCUCAAAUCGCUCACGCACAUGUCACUCGCGGACAACAAAUUCAACGGCACACUUCCGGAGAGCAUCGGCGCGUUGCCCAACAUUGAAGCCGUCGACGUCAGCAAGAAUAACUUCGUUGGCACCGUGCCGGCUACUUACCAGAGCAUCCAAAAACUCAAGGUCAAGGGGAACCCUAAACUCGAGGGCGGCAAAGGCGGCAAGGGUGGAAGAAAGAAGGGGGGAAAGAAGGGCCGCAAGCACGGCAAACGCGGCAAGCAUGGAAAGGGUAACGCCCCCGGUUCCGCCGCCGCGCCUUCUUCCGAACCUAGCCCCGCCGCACCUCCUUCCGAAGCCCCCGCUUCCGAGCCCGCAGUCAAGCCCCCAACUAAGCCCGUUGUGAAGCCGCUUCCCGGUGGAGUCGCUCCGCUCCCCGAUCCCACCGAGCAGCCUUCCGCGCCAGGGUCCCUCCCUCCGCCCGUCGUCCGCCCGCCCGUGGUGAAACCCCCCGUCGUCAAGCCGCCCGUUAUUAAGCCGCCCGUUAUCAAGCCGCCCGUUAUUAAGCCACCCGUUAUCAAGCCCCCUGUCGUAAAGCCCCCUGUCGUAAAGCCCCCUGUCGUAAAGCCCCCCAUCGUUACGCCUCCCGUCGUCAAGCCGCCGGUCGUAAGGCCCCCCGUGGUCACCCCUCCGGUUGUUACGCCGGUUCCCCCCAUCGCGGAGCCGUCUCUGCCGUCCACGCCGGAGCUUCCGCCGGCGCCGGCAACGGAGUGCGACACGUGCAAUCUGAACCAGGUGGCGUGGCGGCCGAUGGCUGACGACAGCACGAGCGCGAACCCGAAGCUGAGCAGCAACGCGUCCGCGUGCGUGUGCGUGUACCCGCUGCGCUUCCGCCUGCACAUGAGCAUGAACUACGCCAACUUCGACGAGAAGAAGCAGCGGGACCUGGAGAUGCAGUUGGCGGACGACCUGAUCGUGAACUACGGCCAGGUGCGCCUGCUCUCGUCGCGGCCCGGCAGCGUCGUGGCGGAUCUCGCGCUGGGCCCCGAGGCGCCCAUGACGACGCUGCAGCCGGCGGUCGUGGAGCGCGUGCUCGCGCUGCUGCGCAACAACCAGCUCUCGCUCAGCGGAUUCGGCUUCGUCGAAGUCACGCUCGUCGAGCCGCCCUCGGAGCUGCUGCUCCCUGCGCCCACGAAUCAAACUACCCCCGACCAGGCAGCCCCUGAGGAGGGCAGCGGCGGAUGGUCCGCAGCGGCGAUCGCGGGCGUGAUUGUCGGCGCGGUGCUGGUCGUGGCGCUCAUCUUCCUCGUCGUCGUUCUCGUGCGCUGCCGCCCGCGCCGCUCCAGCGGAAGCAAGAAGAGCAGCAGCAAGAAGGGCGGCUCGAGCAAGCGCGUGUCGGCCACGUCGGUGGUCACCGCGUCGUCCGCUGCGCAUCAUGUCCACUCCGCGGGGGGGAAGCCGCCGAUGCACAUGCAAUCAUGGUCCAACAACUCCGCGCGCGCCCAUCCGCCACCCGGCGCAGCCUCCGCAUCCCUCGCCGCCGCUGCCGCCGCCGCCGCGGGCGGGCACGGCAGCAACACCCCCGGCGGAUCCACGCGCCGCGUGCCAGGCGUCGUCGUCCUCACCCUCGCAGAGCUCCAAAUGGCAACGGAUAACUUCUCCUCGGAGCGCAGCGUGAACUCCGACCCGCUCGGAACGACGUUCGUCGGGACGCUGCCCAGCGGGCAGGAGAUCGCCGUGAAGCGCGUCGAGCCGAGCGUCGUCGAGGGCCAAUCGGACGACGAUUUCGUCGCCGUCGCGUCGAACAUGGCGCGGUUGAAGCACCCGAAUGUCGUGCAGCUUCAGGGCUACUGCGUGGAUUACGGGGAGCGGGUUCUCGUGUUCGAGCACUACCCGCACGGGUCGCUGUUCGAUCAGCUGCACGGGAACAGCAAGGUGCCGGGUGCUGCGGAGCCGUCGCAGAACAUGACGUGGGCUGUGCGCAUCGACAUCGCGAUCGCCACGGCGCGCGCGCUUGUCUACCUGCACGAGGAGUGUGUGCCGUCCAUCAUCCAUCGCAACAUCUCAUCGCGCAACAUCCUGCUCGACAAGCGCCUCAAGGCGCGCGUUGCUGGCGCUGGCCUCUCCUUCCUCAACCCCGUGGGCGCUGACGACAAGUCACUGUCAGACCAGCUGGUGGGCGGCUUUGCAUACAACGCGCCCGAGUAUGCCAUGUCGGGCAUCUACACGGCCAAGAGCGACGUCUACAGCUUUGGUGUUGUGCUGCUCGAGCUCCUCACAGGCCGCAAGCCCGUUGACCCCUCCAAGCCCAAGCCCGAGUCCUCCCUGGUGCGGUGGGCGGCGCCUCUGCUGCACAACCCGCAGGAGCUCGAGUCCAUUCUCGACUCCAAGAUUGCCGGCCCGCUGCCCGACGCUGCCAGGCUCGCUGCCUUUGCUGAAGUCAUCACCCGCUGCAUCCAGCCGGAGCCCGAGUUCCGUCCGAGCAUGUCCAAGAUUGUGAGCGACCUCAACCACAAGGUGAAGGUGCUCCAGCCGGGCAGCUCCCGCCACCGUACCGGCUCCGCCUCCCCUGCCUCGUCCCUCAAUGGCUCUCUGGCCGGCUCAGUUCACUAA